AUGUAUCUUCUUAUUGGCUUUCUAGUCAUCCUUUAUAUCUUCUAUCGUUUAUAUCAGCAUUUUUUUCCGACACCAAACAUAAAUCCUAAUGGAAAAUAUGUUCUUAUUAGUGGUUGUGAUACUGGAUUCGGUCAUGGAUUAGCGAUUGAACUUGAUAAACAAGGCUUUAAUGUUCUUGCUGGUGUUUUCGUUCCUGACAACGUAACAUCUCUUAAAGAAAAACUUUCAAAAAAAGGUACAGUUUUUCGUCUUGAUAUUACUAAACAAGAAGACAUUGAUGCUGCAUUCGAAUUAGUCAACGAGAAAACAAAAGUUCUUCAUGCACUUGUUAACAAUGCUGGAAUUGCUGUUAUUGGCCAUAUUGAUUGGACAUCGAUGGAAGAUAUGCGUAAAGUGAUGGAUGUGAAUUACUUUGGACAUGUUGCAAUGACAAAGAAAUUUUUACCCUUACUUAUUGCUAAACGUGAUUCACGUGUUGUUAAUAUUUGUUCUGUAGCUGGUUAUCUCGCUUUAUCAAGUGGAUCUGCUUAUUGUGCAUCAAAAUAUGCUCUUGAAUCAUUUUCGGAUUGUUUACGUCGUGAAAUGGUCCCAUGGGGUUUACGUGUUAGUAUUAUUGAACCAGGAUUUAUGCGAACACCUAUCAUGCAAGGAGGUCCUAAAACAUUUGUAGACUUUUGGAGUCAAUUUUCAAGUGAUGUUCAAGAACGAUGGGGAGAAGAUUUUAUUAAAGGUAGACUUAACAGCAGAGCAAUAGACCCAUUUAGGAGACAUGCUGAAGAUCCUAUAAAAGUCGUUCGAGCUCUUCAACAUGCUGUUAUGAAUACAGUUCCUCAUAUUCGUUAUCGACCUGGUUGGCAAUCAAGUCUUGUCUUCUUUCCAAUUUCUCGAUUACCUGCUUGGAUUGUCGACUGGCUUUUAAGUAACCUAGCGAAGUCACCUCGUGUUCCCACAGGUGUUUCUCAACAGUUUAAAGACUAA